AAAGAUAAUAUAUAUGACCGGAAAACAAGAUGACAGAAACAAGAAAAGUUUUCAGUUUCAUUCAUGCAAAUAAAAUAAAAUAAAAGCAGAGUCGGUUGAAGCUUAACUGGCUGUCCUACUAUUUCUCCUUACUUCGGAUUCAUCGUCUCUUCCUUCUUCUCCUUCUUCUCGACUGGCUGAAAAAGUUUCCAUCUUGGGCUCUGCCUUUCUCUAUCGUGGAUUCCGGUACAUAUUGGAGAGCAAUCUUAACAAUUCACCGGGGCUGUUGAAGGAAGCACAGUAGAAGAAAUAAUUGCGUGUAUUUGGUUUGACAAAAUUGUUAAAGACGUGUUAUGUUAUUUGUACAUACGUCAGAAGAAGCCAUAUGAUGGCCGCGGCUGCAGUAAUUGGGCUUAGUUCAGGGAAGAGGCUCUUGAGUUCCUCCUACUAUUACUCAGAUCUCGUGGAAAAGAUCCCGUAUGCCAAUGAUCAUGCAGGAGCGCACUAUCAAAUAACUUCAUCCAAGAAAGUGAUAAGUGCAAAAAAAUCAGCUAAUUUUACUCCUGGUUUUCCGUCAGCUAUUCAACAAACACAGUCUAUCAAGGCUGUCAAAGAACAUGUGGAUAUUGUUUCUUCUUCUCCUUCAACUGCAGAGCCAUGGUUGCAGAGAUCCAUUGAACUUGAAGAGGAAAGUUCUGAUCUUCAUUAUUCAAUGGAGGCACUUCUUUUGCUGCAAAAGUCUAUGCUGGAAAAGCAAUGGAAUCUUUCUUUCGAGCCGAAGGUACUAACUGAUUCACCAACAGGAAAAAAUCAUAGGAAGAUACCCGUCACUUGUUCUGGAGUAUCUGCUCGGCAAAGGAGAGUGAAUACUAGGAAUAAAAUUCUGAACAAAAAUGGUUGUCUGAUGCAACCUUCUAGCGGUAAGCAGUUGAGAUCCAUGAUCAGUCCAGAGCUGCUUCAGAGCCAUUCAAAGGGUUAUGUCAAGGGUGUAGUAAGUGAAGAAUUGCUUACUCAUGCAGAUGUAGUAUGCCUGUCAAAGAAAAUUAGUGUUGGUCUUUCCUUAGAGGAGCACAAAUUGAGAUUGAAGGAGAGGUUAGGAUGUGAGCCAUCUGAUGACCAACUUGCAACUUCUUUGAGGAUUCCUCUCACGCAAUUACGGUCAAAAUUCAUGGAGUGUUCUUUAGCAAGGGAGAAGUUGGCAAUGAGCAACGUUCGUCUGGUCAUGUCUAUUGCUCAAAGAUAUGAAAACAUGGGCGUAGAAAUGUCUGACCUUGUUCAGGGUGGUCUGAUUGGACUGCUGCGUGGAAUUGAGAAAUUUGAUUCUUCAAAAGGGUGCAGAAUUUCAACCUAUGUUUAUUGGUGGAUACGUCAGGGGGUUUCACGAACAUUGGUUGAGAAUUCCAGGACCUUGAGAUUACCUACCCAUUUGCAUGAAAGGUUAGGUUUAAUCCGGAAUGCAAAAGUUAGACUGGAAGAGAAAGGAAUAACUCCAUCAAUUGAUAGGAUUGCAGAAUGCCUGAACAUGUCAAAAAAGAAAGUCAGGAAUGCUACACAGGCAAUGAGUAAGGUCAUCUCUCUUGAUAGGGAAGCAUUUCCCUCUCUGAAUGGUCUUCCAGGAGAAACGCAUCAUAGUUACAUUGCAGAUAAUCGCCCUGAGAAUAACCCAUGGCAUGGAGUAGACGAGUGGGCACUCAAGGAUGAAGUAAACAAGCUCAUUAAUAUGACACUUGGGGAACGGGAGAGAGAGAUUAUACGUCUUUACCAUGGUCUGGAUAAUGAAUGUCUUACAUGGGAGGAUAUUAGUAAACGCAUAGGUUUGUCCAGAGAAAGGGUGAGGCAAGUCGGACUUGUUGCAUUUGAAAGACUAAAACAUGCCGCGAGGAAGAGCAAGUUGGAGGCUAUGCUGUUGAAACAUUAGUUUGCUGUGUUUCAUCAAAGACGCCAUGAUAAGAUGCAUGGCUGUAUAUAGAGAGAAAACAAUUUGUUUUUCCCAUCAGGUAAAAAAAAAAAAAAAAAAAUUAUAGAAGAUUAUGCCAAGUUGCCAACUUUCUGUAACAACAAAACACUAAUUAAGAGCUUGUAAUUGGGAGCGGAAAUUCUUUAUGUAUCAAAUUUUAAGAGACAAAAUCUCUUAUGUGAAGCACAUCUCAUUAUCUUUGGUGACGAUAAUAAACCAAGAAUUUCAUUGAGGACCUUGAA